GGCUACGGCUACUAGUGGUUCACACAGGAGUUCUGCAGUGGGUCUACAUGUCGUUUCUUAGACUUGUCUGAGCUCUUGUGUCCCGUAAAGCUUCAGCGGGCAGAUUGUGGAGGAGACACUGGACACAUCUUGUUCCCGUGAGGCUGAAGAGUUUGGUUUGGGGCUGUGAGGGCGUGUCACUGUCAGGCGGCCGUGAACAUUCGGGCUGGUUCAGCAGGAGGUGGAACAUGGACGUGGGACCUCUGAGUGACAACAUCUAGUGCUUCACCUUUUGACAGAAGCUCACACUGUUCCUCAGCCCUUUGUGUGAAAAGAUUUCAUUCAUUUCCAAAAUUCAUUGAUGACACGAGACAAGACAAGCACGAACAAAUGAUCUAAAAAUUUAAAGUAAAGUAAAAAAAAAACAGACUUUAUUUUCACAUUUUGGACAUGAAAAGUAUAAACAUCUGGUGUGGGUUGUUAAAGAGAGUCAGCAGCAAACAGGAAAAAAAACAAAAACAAACACAAAAUGAUAUUAAUCCAGUUAUGUGUCUGAAAGCUCAAAGUGAAAAACAAAACAAGGAAGAAAUGGAAGGACAAACUUCAGCUAAAACCUCUUUCUAAUAAAAAAAAAACGAAAAUACAGAGCUCAACUCCACAGUCUGGAGUCUCUGGAGCCUGAUCUCCAGCUUUUUGACUCUGACUUUAGACUCACUUGAUCCUCCAGGUGAGUUUCUCUCACCCACAGAAACCAGGAAAAGUCCAGAAAAAGACUCUGUUAUUGUCCCUGUCCUGCUCCACAAAACCUCUGAGUACUGUGAGUCCCCAAAGGCCAAGUUUUUCAAAAAGAGGCACCAGAUGUAAAAAUCCUCCAGUGGAACAAACGUUCUGUGAAUGUGGAUGUCGCCCUCUACAGGCGAGUCAAUGGUAGAGCUCAGCUCCUCCUCCCAAAGGAAAAACAUGACACUGUCUUCAGAGCUGCACAAAGAAAUGGGACACAGAAAGGACUUUGGGCUUAAUAAGAGACCGAUUUGACUGAACAACUUGUUUGGAUGUUCUACUUGUUUGGAUGUUCUACUUGUUUGGAUGUUCUACUUGUGCCUCAUGUUCCUUUAAGCCCCGGAGGUCACUUCCCUGUCUCCUCCUCCUCCUCACUGUGGUUCAUGUUCAGCUCUGCGUCAGGGACAAAUCUGUCAACUGGAGCGUUUUUCGGAUUCCAAACUGUCUCUUUCUCAUCGGUGAGUUGUUGAGCAACAAUCGAGCUUCAGAAUGACCUUCACAUGUGACCAGUGUGGAAAGGUGUGGCCGAAUGCUUCCAAACUUAAAAGACACUACAUAACUCACACAGGGGAAAGACCGUACAGCUGUGACCAGUGUGGGAAGACGUGGCCAAAUGCUUCUAGACUUAAAGUCCACUACAGAACUCACACUGGAGAAAGACCGUACAGCUGUGAUGUUUGUGAGAAGACAUUUACACGGUCAAGUCAUGUACUGUCACAUAUGAAAAUCCACACUGGAGAGAGGCCGUACGAGUGUGACCAGUGUGGAAAGAAAUUUAGAGAGUCUGGUGUCCUCCUUAACCAUAUGAGAAUCCACACAGGAGAAAAACCAUACAGCUGUGACCAGUGUGGAAAGACAUUUAGAGACUCCAGUGCCCUCUGUCAUCAUAUGAAAAUCCACACAGGGGAAAAACCAUUUGAAUGUGAUCAGUGUGGGAAGAAAUUUACAGAGUCUGGUGACCUCCAUAAACAUAUGAGAAUCCACACAGGAGAAAAACCGUACAGCUGUGAUGUUUGUGAGAAGACAUUUGCACAAUCAAGCAAUCUACUAUCACAUAUGAGAAUCCACACUGGAGAGAAACCAUCUGAGCAGUGUGGGAAGGAAUUUAGAGACUCCAGUGACCUCCAUCAACACACGAGAGUCCACACUGGAGAGAAACCAUACGAGUGUGAGCAGUGUGGUGAAAUGUUCUCUCAAUCAUCCACACUCAGUAAACACAAGAGAACUCACUCCUGGUUGAUCCUAUAUGAGUGUGACCAGUGUGAAGAGGCUUAUAGAACAUCCCAGGAGCUCUCCAGUCACUACCGAACGCACACAGGAGACAAACCAGACGACUGUGAAGAAAGAGGGGAAGGAUUUCAGGUCUGUGAGGAACUGUCCGAAACAUGUCCAAAUGUUCCAGACUAAAGAGAAAAACUGCAGGGUCAUUCCACGCCAAAUCUCAGAAUGUCCCCGCUUGACCUUCUCAGAUUUGACUGAAAAAAUUCUAGGAGGUUCACGCACUUUCCAACAGGAAAAGUCCCAAAUUUUAGCUCCCAACCCAACUCUAGUUUUGUCAUUAAAAGAUAUUUUGUCAGUUCCCCCCUGAGCUGUUUGGAGCAGAGUUUUCAGAGGAGCCACUUUCAGAUUUCUGUAUCUAAAAAAUAAUUUAAGGUCCUUGAAAUUUUCAGGGGUUAAAAUUUGUCAAAUGUUCUUGUAGAAUCUGGACUUUUACACACGUGCUUUUGGUUUAUCACAGAUUUCUGGGAGGCUUGAAUUUGCUUGAAAAUUGUACUCAUUAAAUGAGGGCAAUUUGAAGACAGAGGUUUGAUAUUGAACAUUCACUUUCCCACACAAGCUGUGUUCUCUCUAUUUUAAAACUGACCCUCUCUACAAGAUAUUAAGUGUUAAAAAUGGAAAAAAAAAAUCCAUUCGGUGCCAUCUUUACCAGGUUAUACCAAAAAAAUCACAGUUUUAGAAAGACUAGAUGUCUGUUUUUAACAGAUCCAACAUUUGUGAUGGUUUUCUGCAUUUUCGCAAAAUGAAUUUUUGAAAAAUAUGUCCACAUAUAUGCUGAGCGUUCAUGGACUGUGGUUUAGGAGCUAAAAUUUGGGAUUUUUCCUAUUGGAAAGUGUGUGAACCUCCUAAAAUUUUGUCAGUCAAAUCUGAGAUGGUCGAGUGGGGCAUUCGAAGAUUUGGCCUGGAAUGACCCUGCAGCUCUGACCAGUGUGGGACGACUUUGAGACAAGCUGCUCAUCUGAAGGUGCACCCUCUUGAACACACUAAAGGAGAAAGAACUGCUGAGGCUGGAUCAAGUGAGUCUAAAGUCAGACUCAAAAAGCUGGAGAUCAGGCUUCAGAGACUCCAGACUGUGGAACUGAACUGUGUGUCGUGUCAACAAUUAAAAGCUUAAAAUGAUAAGCAAAGAUUUGUAUUUAUUAGUGUAACCCUCACGGACUGAUGCUCUAUAUGUGGUCCCAGUUGUCUCAGCACACCAGCUUCAGGACCCUGUGGUGUGUUUAGUGAUGUAUGAGUGUCUUGGUGUGGUGGGGAGAUAAAGGAUCACAGCAAACACAGCGACUCUUUUUGAUUGUGGAAUGAGCGACAGCCGGUGCAUUUAUUUGAGGAGUUUCAAUAGAGAUGACAGGUUUUUCUUUACAGUUGCUUGGCUCAUAAGGGCAGAGAGAGGAGCGCUAGUUAGUCAUUUAAGUACAAGAAUUACCAAUUAUUAAUUAUUCAUAUGCCCAAGAUGUGUGCAAUAGUAAUAAUACAACAUCAUAAAUUAAAAAAUAUAUAUAUUAUUUAGUGCAACAAACAGUGCACCAACUGGUAAAUGGUCACUACAACAGGCUACUACACAUUACACAUUCACCAGUGGACUAACUGCUCCUACCUGCGCGCAUAAAUAAAAGUGCCAUUA